AUGGCUAAAAUGCUGUGGUUGGCGGUAUUCUUUGUUUGUGCAAUCGUUCAACAAGGUGAUGCUGAAGCAUUCCCCUAUUCGGGCAUGAAACAAGGACACCAAUACUUGAUGCCAAAUUGGCCGAACCGACCCAAUUUCAACAAAUUCUACAACGGGGAGGAUCUUGGAGAACGACUCGGAUCAGGCAAGAUGACCCACUAUUUCCCUCCGCAUGUCCGAGCGGCUGUCGGCCAGGAGCUCCUGCGUCGACUCCAGAAAGGAGACCCAGAUUGUACUUCCUGUGAAGAGGAUCUCGAUCAAUUCAACAGAGAUGUCAAAGAGAUCGAAGGAAUUCCACCCGCAAUCCACUCCGCACCAAUCAUUUACUCGUACAGGACCCGAGACGACGGAUGCAUGGUGGCGUCGUCGGUGUGCAAUCCAAAUGGUAACCCAACACAUGCUUCCGCGUUUAUCAUUGCUUUCACUGAUGAUCUAGAGAAGAUCACUGAAAAGAACUCGUUCAGUAGUUCAACCCUUGGGCCAUCACCGACAAAAAACAGCGAAUAUCGAUGCCAAAAAGGAGAAUGGUACAGUGUGCAAAAGGCAAAUCCAGCAAAGAAGGGAUUAGUGAAGGCUGUUCUUUGCUACACUGCUCCUCCACCACCACCAGGAAAA